AUGGUUGGCUCUGAGGUGAGUCCGUAUGGGAGCAAUGAAGCAUAUUGGACGUUUGGCUAUGAUGGGAGGGACUUUCUCAGCCUUGACAAGGAGACUGAUACCUGGAUUGGAGCAGAUGCAGUGGCCCAAGUGAUUGAGAGGAUGUGGGAGGCUGACAGUUCCAUGAUCCCACGUUUCAAGUUCUUAGUAGAGGUGGUUUUCAUUGAAUGGCUGCAGAAAUAUGAAGCCUACGCCAAGGAGGCUCUGCUGCGGAAAGAGCCCCCAGUAGUCAAGGUAACUAGGAAGCCAAACAAUGAUGGCAUGGAAACUCUCAUCUGCCGGGCCCACAGCUUCUAUCCCAAGGAGAUCAACUCUACCUGGAGAAAGGAUGGGGAGGCUUCUGGGCAGGAUACAGUUCAUGGGGGUGUUCUCCCCAACUCAGAUGGAACCUACUACAACUGGCUCAGCAUUAAGAUCAACCCCAAAGACAGGAACCACUAUUGGUGCCAUGUGGAGCAUAUUGGCCUACAGAAGCCUAUGGACGUGCCCUCCGAAGAACCUGGCUCCCACAUGGGGAUCAUUAUUGGCUGCAUCCUGGGCGGAAUCUUCUUCCUGGCGGCUGUGAGUGCUGGGAUCUAUGUGUACAUCACUAAGAAACAAGGGUCUGGCAGCUCCAGUGGGGCGGUGGCGGCGCUGAAACAGCCGCUCCUGGGUCAGCUCGAGGGCGAGCGCAGUGCGGGGGGGGGGAAGCAGGAGAAAGCAUGCGGCGCUCGCCCUCCGGCCGGCCUGGAUCAUCAACUUCCGGGGCCACUGUGA